AUGACUGAAGCAGCAACAACAGUAGCAACGAUAACUGCAUCAUCGACAGCAUCUUUAUCAACGAUUGAUAAUUUAUUUUCAAUAACUCAUCAAUUCUUCGAUGAGUAUCGUAUUACUAUCUUUGUUCUUACUGGAACAAUGAUGGCAGCAUGGUUAUAUAAUAAAUUAUUUGUGAAUUGUAAGUUUAAUGCUAGUACACAAUCAAUGCAAGGUAAAACUGUUAUUGUUACUGGUGGUAAUAGUGGUAUUGGUUAUGAAACCGCUAAAGAUCUUCUUCAACGAGAGGCUCGAGUAAUUAUUGUUUGUCGUAAUAUGGAUAAAGGUCGUGAAGCAGUUCGACAAUUAUGUUCAGAAAUUGAAUUUAACAAAGAAAAUCUUCGACUUAUGCAAUGUGAUUUAUGUUCACUUGAAUCUGUUCGUAAUUUUGCUAAAUUAUAUAAUACUGAAGAAGAACGACUUGAUGUAUUGAUUUGUAAUGCUGGUCUUGCAUGGUCACCAGAUAUAGUCACAAAAGAUGGAUUUAAUUCUAUUAUUCAAGCUAAUUAUCUGGGUCAUUUUUUAUUAACAAAUCUAUUAUUAGAUAAAUUAAAAAAAUGUCGACCAAGUCGAAUUGUUAAUGUUUCAUCCGGUGCACAUAGAUCUAUGCGAUCUAUUGAUUGGUCCGAUGCAUUUACACAAUUUAAAACUUUUCGUUUUUGGGGUCCAUAUCCAGCAUCGAAAGCAUUUCAAAUAUUAUCAUCCUACAAAUUAAAACAUGAUUUACUUGCUACAGAAGGUAUUAAUACAUUUACAUUAAAUCCUGGUUGGGUAUGGACAUCAAUUCAUUCCGUAUUACGAGAAGCUCUUGGAUUUUCUGCUGCUCUACUCAUCUAUCCAAUACUACGUAUACUUAAAGUUCCCUUUGCUAAAACACCAAAAACAGGUGCACGAACAACAAUAUAUUGUGCAGUUGAACCGACACUUGAACAUUCACAAGAUCUCUAUUUCGAUAAUUGUACUGCUGUCAAACCAAGUUCUUUAUGUACUGAUGAUACAUUAGCUAAUCAAUUAUGGAAAUUAAGUGCAGAAGCAGUUGGACUUUAA